CAACAGGGCCAGCUCAGGACACGGGUGGUCAGUGCACACAGCAGGGACAGUUCAAAACACGGGUGGUCGGUCACACAGCAGGGACAGUUCAGAACACGGGUGUUCGGUGCACACAGCCAGGGACAGUUCAAGACACGGGUGGUCGGAGCACACAGCGGGACAGUUCAGAACACGGGUGGUCGGUGCACACAGCGGGGCAGUUCAGAACACGGGUGGGGGUGCACACAGUGGGGACAGUUCAGAACACGGGUGGUCGGUGCACACAGUGGGGACGUUCAGAACACGGGUGGUCGGUGCACACAACGGGGACAGUUCAGAACACGGGUGGCCGGUGCACACAGCGGGGACAGUUCAGAACACGGGUGGUUGGUGCACACAGCGGGGACAGUUCAGAACACGGGUGGUCGGUGCACACAGUGGGGACAGUUCAGAACACGGGUGGUCGGUGCACACAGCGAGGACAGUUCAGAACACGGGUGGUCGGUGCACACAACGAGGGCAGUUCAGAACACGGGUGGUCGGUGCACACAGCGAGGGCAGUUCAGAACACGGGUGUUCGGUGCACACAGCGGGGACAGUUCAGAACAUGGGUGUUCGGUGCACACAGCGGGAACAGUUCAGAACACAGGUGGUCUGUGCGCACAACAGGGACAGUUCAGGACACGGGUAGUCUGUGCGCACAACAGGGACAGUUCUGGA